UAGAAAUUAGCAAACUUGAUGAGUCGCGCAUUAAAGUUAUGAUUAUGUAAUGGAGAUGGAGCUGGGAUGAAUAUAUUCAAAAUAUCUAAUGAAAAUAAGCAAGGAAACAAUUUAAUUAAAUUUCAGUGAUAAAUAGAAAUAAAGAUGAAAAUGAAAUACAACAAACUAAGAGAUAACGUUUUUUCCUUAACCAUAUUGUUUAUUUUAAAUUUGAAGGAGAUCGCAAGCGAAUAUACUGGAACGUGUAAUCCGUUUCAGUCAAAACUAGAGCACCUGAAUCUUCGUCUUAAGGAGCACAUGAUUCACGAGACAUCAACUGACCUCCAUAAUUGUGCAAGAUUUUGUUUGUACCUGACGGCUUGUAAAUCUUUUGAUUAUGACAGACAGACGAACGCUUGCAAACUGAAUGAUGCUGACAGUACGGAUGUACAAACGACAGAGUUUGAGAUGAAGGAACUCUCAAUCUAUUCCGAUAUCAACGAGUGGCCACAGGGAAUUGCAGGUCCCUGUGGAUCACGUCCUUGUAGUCCGAAUCAGCGAUGUCUACCAUCAUACCCACCACGAUGUAUAAACAUCGGAUGUGGUGCCGUUGAAUCAAUUGAUAAUGGAAUUAUUGAACUAGCAAUUACCGGAAAGGAUAUGUUUUUGGACGAAGCCUAUGUGGAUUGCAAUAUUGGAUAUAUUGUCGAGAACCCAGUUGCGAAAUGUUUAAUUGUGGACAUCUUGUCAAAGGCUGAGUGUUUUUAUACAGAUAUCUCUACUGUCCAAUGUCAUGUUGAAGGUAAAUGGGAAGAAAAGACGUGCGACCCAAAAGAUUGUGGUCAACCUACGACAGAAAAUGGAAUUGCUACAUUGCUGGACUCGUCUAACACAACAUAUAUGGCACUAGCUACUGUCAAGUGUAACGAAGGAUAUGAAACGAAUAUAUCACGUGUCAAGUGUCAGUCUGAUGGUACCUGGUCAGCAGGAAAUUGUUCAAAAAUUAGUUGCGGUUCAUUACCAGGUAUUGCAAAUGGUGUCGCGACCCUUUCUCUACCAGGAUCAACUCUAUAUCUAGAUACAGCUACACUUGAGUGUAAUUACGGGUUUACCGCUACUCCAGCCACGUUUAAAUGUUUGUCGUCAAAGUCAUGGGAAUACUCGCAUUGUGCAUGUAUGCCACCAAACAGUUACGCCGGGAGUCUCGGUAGCACCACAAGCGGUAAAACAUGUCAGAGAUGGGAUUCCCAAUUUCCUCACAGUCAUAAAAAAACUAGUGCCGCACUUUACCCGGAUACAUCUGUAUCAGCUGCGAAUAAUUAUUGUAGAGCUGUUGGAGAAACCUACCUUUGGUGUUACACUACCGACAUAUUUAAACGAUGGGACUAUUGUAAUAAGCCGACGUAUGUUUGUUAAACAUUUGAUCCAUAAAACACUUUAGGCUUAGAUUUGUCCAUUGAUUCGGGCUGACUUGUCGGUUCCUAUAAUGCAAUGAGACUGUCUGUUGUGACAAAUAAAUGUGUCGGUAUACAACUCAUUUUCAUGUUAUUGCAACAAUGUUUUUUUGUGAAAUUAAUCUUUGAAUAAAAAAUUUCGUUAUAAAAUUAAUUUAAGAGACCGACAAUAGGUCAAUUUUCAUGAAAAUUCUCGUAGAUUUGUUACACAAAUGUACAAACCAUCUAAUUUGGAAUUUCUUAAAAUUUUAUAUAAUAUAUAAGAUUACACAGCCACACGAAGGCGACGACAUAAGAUCUUGUUUUUUUCUUCUUCAUUGUAAAGUAUAGAUCUGCCAUACUGCACUUUGUCUCUCCGUUAAGGGUUUCCUCAUGAAACGACAAGAAUCACUUCAGGACGCUCUAAUCCUGUGUUCCGAUAAUUCCAAUAUUUUGCCUUUCGCCGCUGCUUAAGUGGUGCUCAUCAAAAAUGAAAUUUUUGCAUUUACGCCUAAUGUUUAUAUAAUCGGACUUGUGUAAAUAUAUUUUUUUAACAUAUUGUAACAUUUUAUAUUGUCAUAUUGAUGCUUUAUAAAGUAGAUAGAUAUAUGAUGUACAUUACAUGGAAUCUUUUUUUAUUUAUUUUUGUGUACAAAUCCUUUUUAAAUAUGCGUGGGUUUUCAAAGUUCUUUUGUAUUUUGAAUAAUGAAUGAAAACUUUGUCUUUCGUCAGCAGAAUACUUAGUCAAAGAAUAUGACUCAUAUCAUUGAGUAUUUUAGACAAACUCAUACAACACAAUUGUCACGGUAAUGCUAGCGGGGAACGGCAGGGAACGGCAUUUAGACCGUCUACUAUCCUAGAAAACGUUGCAAUUAUGAAAAGAGCAUUUUGAAUAACUUAUUCUAUAUACUAUAUAUUAUAUCAUAUUAAAUGAAAGAAAGUACAGAAAAUAAAAACAACUAGGAACAUUGCACAUCUUAAAGACCACGUCGAACAAACAACCUUUAGUAAGUUGUAUUUAUACAUUUAAAGUUCUACUUGAAAAAUGAUGUAUUAUUUUACUACAUGUAUAUAUACGCUUGCUUGUACACUUAUAUUAACUGAUAUCGGAAUCCUUUAUUUCAAAUUAGAUAUGUUCUUACGAUUUCUGAAAUUAUAUCUGAACAAACGACUUCACAUUAUUGCACUUACUUAACAAUGGUCAGGAACUUGGCCAGCAAGAUAGAUUUGUCGCUUCCAUUUUUCUUGCAUCUAUGAAAUACCACAGAGCCAUACAGUUUAACAUUUAACUGAUUAGACACUGCUAAUGUACAUAACAUAACUCUGGAGUUAUUUGUUCUUCCUUUCUGAGCGAAUAGAUACACAAUUUAAGCAAGUUGGUUACCAACGAGAAUCAGUACAAGGGUAAGUGUGUCGACUAAACAUGUACUUAGGUUAUUGUUUGACCACAGUGUGUCGACUAAACAUGUGUUUAGGUUAUUGUUUGGCCGCAGUGUGUUGACUAAACAUGUACUAGGGUUAUUGUUUGACCACAGUGUGUCGACUGAACAUGUACUUAGGUUAUUGUUUGGCCACAGUGUGUUGACUUAACAUGUACUUAGGCUAUUGUUUGACCGCAGUGUGUUUACUUAACAUGAGCUUAGGUAAUUGUUUGACCGCAGUGUGUCAACUAAACAUGUACUUAGGUUAUAGUUUGACCGCAGUGUGUCGACUACACAUGAACUAAGGUUAUUGUUUGACCACAAUGUGUUGACUAAACAUGUACUAAGGUUAUUGUUUGACUGCAGUGUGUCGUCUAAACAUGAACUAAGGUUAUUGUUUGAUCACAGUGUGUCGACUAAACAUGUACUUAGGCUAUUGUUUGACCACAAUGUGUCGACUAAACAUGUACGUAGGUUAUUGUUUGACUGCAGUGUGUCGUCUUAACAUGAACUAAGGUUAUUGUUUGAUAGCAGUGUGUUGACUUUAACAUGUACUUAGGCAAUUGUUUGAUCGCAGUGUGUUGACUAAACAUGAACUAAGGUUAUUGUUUGACCGCAGUGUGUUGACUAAAUAUGUACUUAGGCUAUUGUUUGACCGCAUAGACAUCUUUUAUAAUUGUAAUUCUAUUGAACAGUUGCAAACUGCUAUUUAGACAUGUCAGAAUACUUUAACUUACUUUGGAUUCAAAAUAGAAUUGAAAUUGAAGAAGGAUUCGACACUAAUUUAAAUCAAUCAUUUACUAUACAAACCAUAUAAUAAUAAGCUCCUCUCAUCAAAUUUAAAAGUAAUAAAACUAAUAAUCACGUUUUCAUUAGACAAUGUAAUAUAACAUUACGGCUUUUUAGAUAACAAACAAUCUGGGCAAUAUUCACAAUAGUCUCAUGUUUUGUUUACUUCUCAUUUUUUGGAUUUUUGGUAUUGAAGCUUCAUCAAAAUCUAUGGCAGGUUUUGCGUUUAUCGUUAACAGCCCAAAUGAUUAGUCAUCAUUUUUAUGUUAGUGAUUUAGCAAAUAAAAUUUACAUGUUGUUUUUGUUGGAAUAUAUUUGUUUGUAAUUUUAUUAUUCAGUGGUUUAAUUAUUCAGUGGGAUCUAUUUAAAAAAUAGUUUAGCAAAACAAGAAAAAAAAUAAAACAAAUGGCGCCGACGCACGUUCUAUAAAAGAAAGUGGAAGUAUUUUGAAUUGUCGCGUUAUGCAAAAAAACAUUAUAUGACUAGCUACUUUUUUCAAAACAGAUAUACAAAAUUGUUCUCAAUUCAUAUCAUUUAUAUGUUAAAUUUAAUAAAUACAUUACUGAAUUGUUAACUUCAAUUGUUAUUAAUUUUCCUUACAUGUGUAGUUAUGUUUACAUUUGCGAUUUUUAUUACAAAAGCAGUCCAUUUUAUCAGAGCACAGCAUUUCUUUAGUAUACAUUUGUAUUUUUGUUAGUAGUUUUUGUUCUUGAACCAGAAAUUCAUCUUUAUCCCCAAAAAUAUCUUAUUGAAAGGAACUUUUUUGAAUGUCCUUGUAUUUAUAUUAUUUUGAUAACGAGGUCGCAAAUUGAGAAAAAAAUAUAUAUAAUUGAAAAGAACGUUUUUAAAUGUGCUUUUAUUUACAUGUAUAUAAUUUUGACAAUGAGGUCGCAAAUGGAAAAAAAAUCCUUAAUGAAGAUGGCAAUCAAAUUCUCAAAAUUAGCACACACACAAAAAAUUAGCAAUUAGCUUUUUUCUCAUAUCAUCUCUCUCCAAGAAAACUGUUAAAAUAAAUUGUAAACCAUUUUUCAGAAUAUGCAUAAGUCCUGUGUCCGUCAUUUGGCGACCCCCCUGUUGUAAAAAUACUCUGCACCUACACCUGAGAAGUAAACAAACGUGUACACUGUACUAUAAUAAGUUUGUAAAUACUAUUUUGUACACACAACACAAGUAAUUUCUCUACCAUUGAUAUAUGGUGGGCACUCUAGGCUUUUGCCACAUGAGGCUUCAACAAAGUACAAGAUACUCUCGUCAUCAUUAUUAUGCCCUCCAACAACAGUCUCCGGUCUGUUAUCCAAACAAAUGAACUCUGAUUCGUGUUUAAAACCAUCGUUUGAACUGACAAGGUAUCCGCUGUAUUCUUUGGUCCAUCCAUUGUAACAGUCUAUCCUCCCAGGUAUCAUCAAGCUUGAACCCCGUUGACUAUGACAAACGGCACAGGUGGCAUCAUCAUUAAAUACAUUAUGACCGAAGAAUUUAGUAGCACCAUCGUAAUGAUGGGGAAAAAUUGAUACUCAACUCCUUUUAAUCUUGUAUCACUUGUAAUCGAUUCGUCGUAGUAGCUCCACUGGGGAUCAGGUGCUAAACACAAAAAGUUAGACCCUCCGCCUGUGUUAUCAUAACUCGAGCUUGCAAUG